AUAUUGUAAUUUUUCCAAUUAAUACAUCUGGCAACAUUGCAACUAGUUCUGCCACGAUUUUUCUUUUGUGCUAAUUUUUCUGAUGCAAUACGGCAGAUUUCUGUUUUAAAUUGAACAAAAAAGCAUUAAUAAUCUCUUAAAUUCGAUAAAAACUAAUUUACUGCAAACAUGGAAGGUGAAAAUUUUGAUCCCACAUUGAUGAAGAAGAAAAAGAAGAAGAAGACUUUCGAUUUGGACGCCGCUUUAGGCUUAGAUGAUGGAUCCAAAAAGGAAGAAACUAAAGAAGACGCCGCUGAUGAUGCGGCAGCAAAUGAAAUUGAUGACAAUUUAGAUUUGGAAAGUUUUGGUAAAAAAAAGAAAAAGAAGAAGAAGGCAUUCAAUUUGGAUGAAUUGGAGGGAGCUUUGCCCAAAGAUGGCGAAGAAGUGGUCAGUGAAGAUAAGAGUGGCGAGCCCACUGAAAGUGAUGAAAAGUUAGAAGCGGAACGUGAUUCGGAUAAGGACUACAGUUAUGAUGAAUUAUUAUCACGCAUAUUUGAAAUUAUUUUGGACAAAAAUCCAGAAAUGGCUGCAGGACGUAAACCUAAGUUUGUCAUGAGACCUCCACAAGUACUACGUGUGGGCACUAAAAAGACUUCAUUCGCCAAUUUCCUUGAUAUUGCGAGAACGCUACAUCGUUUGCCAAAACAUUUGUUGGAUUUCUUGUUGGCUGAAUUGGGUACUAGUGGAUCUAUGGAUGGUAAUCAACAACUUAUUAUUAAGGGACGCUUCCAGCCUAAACAAAUUGAAAAUGUGCUGCGUCGUUAUAUUAAAGAAUAUGUCACCUGCCAUACGUGUCGCUCACCCGAAACAAUUCUCCAAAAAGAUACCCGUCUCUUCUUCCUGCAAUGCGAAUCUUGUGGUUCUAGGUGUUCCGUAGCUAGUAUUAAAUCCGGUUUUCAAGCUGUUACUGGCAAGCGUGCCGCCAUCAGAGCAAAAACUACAUAAGUUUCAGUGCAGUUUAAUAAUAAUAUGUAAUUUUCUAUGUUAUGUACUCUAUUCAAACACGUCGCUCCUCUCCCCCAUAAAAGCAGAAAUAUUUGAAACUGAACCAUGUCAUCAUUAGAAGUGGUAUUGUGAAAUUACGACAGGUUCGUUUUAGAAAACAUUUCAAUUUUAUAUUUUUAGAACAAACAAAACAAUAUGAUUUAAUAUAAAACAAGAAAUAAAUAAAUUCAAUAAAAAAACAUUUUCUAUUUCAUGAAGAGUUUGUUGAAAACAUA